AUGGAGAUGAAUGCCCCGGGGCUGUUCAGGUGCUUCUUUCAGGGCAUUAAGACUUCAUCCCAGGCACGACUUAGCAUUUAUUCCCGGCCAACGACCAAAACCAUGCAGUCCGCUGGAUUUCGUUCUCCGGCCAUUGUCAAGGCAGGUGGACUCCCAUACUUUACUCCUGCCAACAACGGCGGAGCAGCCGUAAGCCCACAGGCCUCUGAUACACCCACUCUUUUCCGGCCUCUCCAAAUUCGCGAUGUGACAUUCAAGAAUCGCGUGAUCGUGGCACCUAUGUGCAUGUAUUCGGCGGAAUCAGAUAUGACCUCACCUGCGGUGGGCGCUCUCACGGACUAUCACAUCGCGCACCUCGGUCAUCUGGCUACCAAAGGCGCCGGUCUGAUAUUCAUUGAGGCUACCGCUGUUCAACCCAACGGUCGCAUCUCACCCAACGACAGCGGUCUGUGGCAAGAAGGAACAGACUCGGAGCAGUUCAAAGGCCUUCGCCGCGUGGUGAAUUUCGCUCACAGUCAAGGGGCGAAAAUUGGAAUUCAGCUAGCACACGCCGGCCGAAAGGCGAGCACGGUAUCCCCUUGGCUCGCAUCGCAAGCCCAAAAGCGCGGCAUCAAAGCUGAUGAGAGCGUUGGCGGUUGGCCGACCAACGUAGUAGGACCCUCGGGGGGCGAGGACCACAUUUGGGCUCCCGGUGAUCAAUUCUGGGCCCCGCGGGAGCUGACCACCGCUGAAGUUGAAGAUGUUGUUCGUGCCUUUGCGCGGAGUGCGGAGCUCUCAGUUAAAGCAGGAGUGGACGUGAUUGAAAUCCACGGAGCUCAUGGAUAUCUCAUUCAUCAGUUUUUAAGCCCGGUCACCAAUCGACGAACCGAUAAAUAUGGGGGCACCUUGGAGAACAGGCUUCGAAUUGUGUCGGAGGUAGCCAAGGCAAUUCGUGCGGUCGUUCCGGCUGGAAUGCCACUCUUCCUUCGGAUCAGUGCCACCGAGUGGCUCGAAAACGAGACGGUCGCGACCGAAAUUGGAAGCUGGGACAUGCCCUCCUCCAUUGCACUGGCCAAGCUGCUUCCCAGUCUGGGGAUUGACUUUUUGGACGUGAGUUCAGGAGGCAAUCACAAAGACCAACGUAUCCAGCCCCAUACGAAUUAUCAGAUCGACCUUGCGGGUCAACUUCGCCGCGAGAUUCGUCGUGCGGGCCACACUACACUUGUUGGCGCCGUUGGAUUUAUCACCGAAGCUGAGUCUGCCCGCGACAUCGUUCAAGGCGCAGAAGAGGCGGAAGCGACCGAAUCGAUUUUGUCGGGCAAGGCGCCUAAAGCGGAUGCAGUCCUGCUCGCUCGCCAAUUCCUUCGUGAGCCGGAAUGGGUACUUACUGCGGCCAAGAAGCUUGGUGUGGAGAUAUCGGUUCCCUUGCAGUUUGCGAGAGGAUUGCUCUGA